UCGCUACGAGUGUAUCGCGCCUCAGUCGCUUACUGCCUUGACGUUGGUGUGUUUUUGUUACGUUUUACUGUGUUCAUCGUGUAUCGUUAUCAUUUUUGUUUCCUUUAAGAACAUGCCUCGUGUACCGUUAAUAUCGUUACUUUUAUUUUUUUCUAUUAUUUCUAUGGAUUUCGCUGGAUCUGCAAAAAGAACAUUACACUUCGAGGAACGAUGCAAAAACAAAAAUUGGACUACGAUGUAUCUAAGAGCAGACGGUUCGAACGAUACGUUACAUUAUCUUUGGGAUUUUGGCGGUAAACCAUCGAUACUAAUGGCGCUGACGUCGCUUUCGACGACAUUGAAUAUUGUCUGCGAAGAUUUUCUUCAGAAAAAAGAUAACUCCGUCAUAUUUUCGGAAAAACCAACUUACACGAUUGGAUUUAUAUUAAAUAAUAUUAUCGAAUUCAACGAUGUAAAUGAUACGGCAGUGAUUAACUUAGACAACGUUGCUAAUAUAAACUUCUUAAAGCCAGAAUUCUUUCGUUGGUCGCGCAAAUCUUUUUCGAUGUUCGGUGAUUCCUUUGGUUUGGAUAUGGAGGGUAACUCUUAUAACGAUAAACCUAUGAAUAUCAUCAGAUACGGGAGUAUAAAGUUUUCGUUAAGAGGAUAUUACUUCAUGGAUCAUACUGAUACAAUACCGCAUAUGUUGCAUACCGAAAAUGCGACGCUGGUAGAUUUAAUUUUGGACAAUAUACAAACGAACGAGUCUUUCUCUAAUAGCAGAUUUGCUAUCGAAUUGAUGAUCGUUGGGGGUGGUGAUCCUCAUAAAUCGAUAAUCAUCGAUUCUAAAAAGAAUCUGGAUGACGAACAUACACCAGGUAUAUUCGAGAUGAUCGAAGUAAGGAUGCCGUCCUUCGAUAGGCCCGAAGAGGUAGAAAACAAUAGUGCAUAUUUGCAAUGGAGACCAGUGUCUUAUGUAUCGGCAAAUCGAGAUAUCGCUGAUUCAACGGAAAUAGUACAGUAUCGAUCAUCGAAUGUAAAUGAUCAUAUAACUGCCAUCGAGAACUCUAUGCUCUAUUGUUAUUACGGAAAUGAAGCUAAUGAACUGCUAAUUCAAACGCUUCUAAUUUCGAUUGGAUCAAAAGGAGAUGGAUUUUAUAAAAAUACUCAUUACACAACAUGGACUUUCAUUAUUGGAUAUGGCAUACCACCAGACGAGCAGUUUUCUUAUUUGGUGAUCAUGAUCAUUUCGAUCGGACUUGGUCUUCCUCUUAUCAUUAUGUUCCUAACUGGAUUAUAUAUGUGUAUUCGUAACAUGUCCAAACGAAACACUGACACUUAUUUAAAUCGAUGAGCAAAUAAUAAGGUCAGCCAGAAAUCAGGCCAUCUAGACUAAACAUGACGGAUGUACAUAUAUAUAUAUAUAUAUACAUGUAUCAUGUGCAUAUAUGCAUAUAUAUAGUUAUAAGGAUUUCUAACUGUACUACCAAUGAACAACCGAAGUCGAGAUUUCUCUCUGCAAUUAUGCAUACUAGCACACGAACAAACAAGUUUAUAUGGAUAUUUUUACACGGACGCGUAGUUGCACGGCCGAGCGAUGAGAGAGAGAGAGGGAGAGAGAGAGAGAGAGAGAGAGAGAGAGAGAGAGAAAGAGAGAGAGAGGGAGAAAGAGAGAGAGAGGGAGAGGCAUCGAUUAAAUGCGAGGAGACUUCACGCGUCUCUUUUAUAUUGUUCUACGCACGA